AUGGCCAUCUCGACUGCCAUCGUUGCUUUGAAGCAAAGAGUAUUCGACUAUGCUCUGCAUUCGACCGCCAUUUCAAUCCUUCUCAUACCCCUCAUUUACGUCAUUGCAAAUGAGUUCAUUCGUUCCAAGGCCAGGAUAGCAAAGCUAGAUGGUCCUGGAGGACUACCGCUUAUCGGCAACUUGUGGGAUAUCCGGGUCAAUGCGGCGGAGCAGUAUCGCAGAUGGGCCAGGAAGUUUGGUUCUGUCUAUCAGAUUCAACUGGGCAAUGUUCCUGUCGUUGUAGUGAACUCUGCUUCUGCAGCUAGGGCUCUCUUCGGACAGAAUGCCCAGGCGCUUAGUUCCCGCCCCGAGUUUUACACUUUCCACAAGGUUCUUUCGGAUACAGCAGGAACGACUAUCGGCACAUCUCCAUACAGCGAUUCUCUCAAGCGACGCCGCAAAGGCGCUGCUUCGGCCCUGAACCGACCGUCAGUAGCAACCUAUGUACCGCACCUCGAUGUCGAAUCACGGGACUUCAUCAAGGAGCUACACGAAUAUGGGAAGGCUGGACAGGCUCCUGUAGACCCUAUGCCGAUGAUCCAACGCCUGUCCCUGUCUCUCGCCUUGACCCUCAACUGGGGUACUCGCAUGAGCAGUCAGAAAGACCAUCUUUUCAAGGAGAUCACUCAUGUCGAGGAGGAAAUCAGCCGCUUCAGAUCAACCACGGGCAACCUUCAAGACUACAUCCCGCUCCUGCGAAUCAACCCUAUCAACAUGCACUCGGCCAAGGCGCGAGAUAUGCGCAGCAGACGCGACGUCUACCUGACUGCCCUGAACAGAGGCCUGGAUGAGCGUAUGGCGAAUGGCACGCACAAGCCUUGUAUUCAAGCCAACGUCAUCAUGGACAAGGAGGCAAAGCUCAACCAGGCGGAGCUGACCUCCAUCAGCCUUACCAUGCUUUCUGGAGGACUCGACACCAUAACGACCCAGGUCGCUUGGUUCAUCGCCAUGCUAUCCCAGCGACCAGACAUCCAGGACAAGGCUGUCACCGCGAUUAGAGAAUUCUACAGCGAGAAGCAGCCUCUUUGCGAUGCUGAAGAUGACCAACAGUGUCGAUACAUCGUAGCUCUGGUGAGGGAGUCUCUGAGAUACUACACCGUCCUUCGCCUGGCUCUCCCACGAGCCUCAGUUCGUGAUGUUCCUUACGGACAGACUGUGAUCCCCAAGGGAUCAGUCAUCUUCUUGAAUGCUUGGGCUUGCAACAUGGACUCUGAAGUAUGGACCGACCCAGAAGUCUUUCGCCCCGAACGGUGGUUUGAACAGCCUGACGCGCCGCUAUUCACGUAUGGUGUUGGCUAUCGCAUGUGCGCUGGCUCUUUGUUGGCCAACCGCGAGCUCUACCUCGUCUACAUGAGACUUCUCAAUAGCUUCAAGAUUGAGAAGCAUGAUGAUGUAGACCAUCAUCCCAUCUCCGGCAAUGCCGAUCCUACUUCCCUCGUGGCGAUGCCCAGGCCGUACAAGGCGAAAUUUGUGCCCCAUAAUGCAACGAUUUUGAGUAACGCACUGAAGGCAACUGAAGAAAAAUCUUAG